GAGGCUGUGUUUCUGUAGGAAAAGCACUCCAAUAAAGGCAUGAGUACGGCAGUCCGAGAAUGUGGAUCCCCCAUGGAGAUGCGUUUGGGCUCUUCGGUAGGCAUGAGCCUUCCUGGGAUCUGUGAAGAGCUGAGCAGAUCUUUUCCUUGGACAAACAAAAAAAGAAGGAGUGAUCUUUCCAGACUCUGCAGAAAUAACGCAUCUUUAUCUGAAAAUAGAUGGAAUUCCUAUUGCUUUACUUCAUUAGCUGCCCGGAACAUCUGUACUAGCAAGCUUCAUGACUCUUGGACUCAUUUGGAAUCUACUUCUCUUUCCUGUUCAGUAUGCAGCAAUUCAUCUUGUUCCCUCUUAAAUGCCCUGGUUCUGGGAGAAUCUUCCCAGUCCCUGCCAGCUUCUGCACGUAACCCGAACAAAGCCAUCUUCACUGUGGACAUCAGAACAACAGAGAUUCUAAUUGCAAAUGACAAAGCCUACAAACUUCUUGGUUACAGUAGCAAGGAACUGAUUGGCCAGAAACUAAGUCAGAUGAUUUCAAAAUCCAACUGGGAUAUAGUGGAGGCACUGAAUGAAGAGCAUGUUGAUGUUCAAGGACAUGCAGCAGUAGUUCCUGGAACUGUGGCAGAUGUUAUUUCUUGUAACAAUGAAAAGAUCCCAGUUUCUGUAUGGAUGAGAAGAAUAAAAACUGAUGACAGUCAGUACUGUGUGGUUGUUCUGGAGCCUGUUGAAAGACUUGCUGCCUCUGUUUGCUUCACAAGCAAUGGAGAGGUAACUUCAUGUGACUCCCUCUUUGCUAAUCUCCAUGGCUACUCAUCACCUGAAGAGGUGAUUGGUCAUUACAUCACAGACCUGAUCCCUUCUAUACAAAUUCCUCCUCCUGGCAAGAAAAUCCCUAAGAAUUUCAAGAUUCAGAGGUCUGUUGGCAGAGCAAGGGAGGGUACAAUGUUUCCUCUAAGCCUGAAACUGAAGGUGAACUUUCCUCCUGAAAAAGCUGCUUCAGUACUAGAUGACCCUGUGCCAGUACUUGAAUCUGAAAAUGUAGAAGAUCACACAACUGCCUUCUCCAUGGCGUAUUCUUUUGCUGCUACCAUCUGGGUAUUUACAACUAUCAGUGGACUGAUAACAGUUCAGGCAGAUGGUACGAUUUAUGGAAUCAACAAUGCAUUUUCUUUAAUGUUGUUUGGCUACGAAAAAAGAGAAUUGCUGGGAAAGAACAUCACAUUCCUGAUUCCUGGUUUUUACAAGUACAUGGACAGAGUUGAUGAUUCUUCUCUGCCAUUGCCAUCUCUUGAAGACAAUGCAGAUGCAGAAAAUGUGAGCUCCUCUGGUGAUUUUAAAGGAGCCCAGGUGGAAGCCUGUAGCACAGUGGAAACUGGUGAAGACAGCAGCCUGUUGAUUGCUGGAGAUGUGGCUUUGCUACUUGGGGAAGAACAGCAGCAGGAAUUAUCAAGAAAUGAUGGAGAAGAAUUUUGUGAUAUGAAGGAAAGCCAGCAGCAGAGUGUGGGUAGCCUGUCUUCUGUUCUGUUGUCUCCCCCAGAGGCCUCCACACCACUGGAUGGAACAGACUGCAUGGUCAGUGAUAUGCCAGCCUAUGGUGAAAUAUUGCUUUCUGAGAGUCCACAUGUUGAGGGAUUCACUGAGACAGAAAUUUUAAGCCCUGUUGUCACACAGCAGUCUGAAGUAUAUUCUCCAAAACAGGUUGUUUCAGAAUCAUGUGUAUUAGGUCAAGAGAGAACUAAAGAACUAGAUAGCAAUCUUUUCAGCAGCGUUCCUCUCCUAGCUCAGGAAGAAAUUGAUGAUCCUUUGGAUACACAUAGCUCUAGUAGCACUUCAGUAUUUCAUGUGGUGAACAAGAUAGAAGAGUCUGCCAUGUGCAGUCAGACCUUUGUUGGACAUACUUUAGAUGAUGAUGAUUUAGGACCUGAGGUGAGCCUGGCUUGUGACACUGUGCACACAUCAUGUCAUACUUCCACAGUGGAUGAGGCAACACAUAGAACAGUAUCAAGUCCUAAAGAAAACCAGGGAGAAACAGAUAACCUGCCACAUACAAAUCUUAUAGGUAGUAUAAAAAGUUCAGACUCUGCAACUAUUGCCAUAGACAAUACAGCCUUCCUGCCUAAUGAAAGGAGCAAUAGCUAUCCUGUUUCUGCAGCAGCGCAAGGCACUGAUAAUGCCUCUUCAUUGGCAGCUAUUGCUGGCAACAAAGUGAGUGAUGACAUAGCUGCUGUUUGCUGUGAUCUGACAGAACUGGCACUGAGUCAUGCACAGGAGAAUUCAGACUCCUCUGCUUCUGCAGAACCAAAAAAGACAUGUUUGAUCACACAGGAAGACCUCAGUCUGCCGUUGGACCUGACAGAAGAACCUUUUGAUCAAGAUCAGAUACAGUUCCUUAUGAGUGGUGGUUCUCCAACAAACUGUAGGAAAAGCUUGAUCAGUUCCAAACACUCAGUGCAAUAUAACAGGGAUAUACCUAGAUGUUGUACAUCAGAGGUUGAAAAUGGUACUGCAAGUAUGGGCAAUCAUGUGGAAAGAUCUUCACUGAAUGAUGCUCAUUCCCAAGAAGAAUUCAGGCCAUCAAAACAUCAGAGCAUGGAACAGGUAACCUCAACACCUGUAAAACUAGAAGCUGUGCAGUCCCCAACAAGUACUGUGAACUGUGAUAUUUUGGAAGGCAGCUAUUCGGGUAACUGUUACCAUAGAGAUGGUUCCCGACUUGCUAUAAUCUUUGAAGUCAAACGUGUGGAACUGCAUGACCCUUCUGCUCUUUUCUGUGUUUGGGUUAUGAGAGACCACUUCCAGAGCCAGAAACAAGCAGCAGCUAAGACACAGAUGCUUCUUUCCAGUUUGGCUAGUUCUUCCCAGACCUUAGCUGAUGUCUCUGCACUUAGCUUGGCAGAAUUGAUCAAAAAAACUUCCUUAUUUGAGAAGUCAAGACGAAUUGAAGAGUUAGAAAGGCUGAGGGCUUGCGAGGGAGAGUAUGGAAAGAACUAUGAAACACUUAAUCUCAUCGGCAGAGGAGCAUUUGGUUUUGUUUGGACAGCCAGAUGCAAAAAGGAUCACAAGGAGGCUGUUGUGAAGUUCAUUUGGAAGGAGAAGGUGUUGGAUAACUGCUGGGUAAAUGAUCCUGAGCUGGGGAGAGUUACUCAAGAAAUUGCAAUUCUGGCAAAGCUGCAGCACCCCAGUAUUAUUAAGUUGCUAGAUGUAUUUGAGAACCAGCAGUUCUUUCAACUAGUGAUGGAGAAGCAUGGGCCAGGUCUAGAUCUUUUCACUUUCAUUGAUAACCAGCCCAGUAUGGAUGAACCUUUGGCAAGUUUCAUAUUCAGACAGCUGGUGUCUGCAGUGGUCUAUCUACACUGCAUGAAUAUUCUACAUAGGGAUAUCAAGGAUGAGAACAUCAUAAUUGCUGAAGAUUUCACUAUUAAGCUGAUAGACUUUGGCUCUUCUGCCUACUUAGAACCGGACAAGGUGUUCUACACAUUUUGUGGGACUAUUGAGUAUUGUUCCCCAGAAGUGCUGUCAGGCAAUCCGUAUCUAGGUCCAGAACUGGAGAUGUGGUCUCUUGGAAUCACCCUUUAUACAUUAGUAUUUGGAGAAAAUCCUUUUUGUGAGCUGGAAGAAACCAUGGAGGCUAUCUUAAAACCUCCCUUCAGUGUGUCGGCAGACCUAAUGAAUCUCCUCUCCGGACUCUUGCAUCCUUUUCCAGAGUACCGCGCCACUCUGGAAAUAGUAGUGAAGGAUAUUUGGGUGACCCAACCUGUGAACCUGGCUAAUUAUACCUGGGAAGAAGUAUAUGGUUCUGCGAAGCCAGAAGGCAUCCGCUUCAGAAUUCAUCCCACUAGCUGUAGUCACAACACCUGGACAGUUCCAAGCCUGGAAAGUGAGCAGAACUUAAAUGAUGCUGUCAAUGUCCACAGGCUGGUGGAAUCCCAACCAGAAAGAACUAUCAGUGCUUCUGAGCAUGAGCCAUCAACUUCUUUUCAUUGUCGGAACUACUGAAAUCUGUAUUCUGGACAUUUACCUUUUUCUGAAGAACACCUCCUUAAUCUUCCUGGGCAGCUUAGAAAAAUAUCAAGACAAUACACACUUCAGUAUUGGGCCAAUUCUGACAGUGUCAAGACAUUACACACUUCUGUAUUGGGCCAGUUUUGACACACUUACCGGCUGCAUAUGGUGUGUGGCAGGGAUUGUAGCCAUUCAUCCUGCCUGCUGUGAUUGCCUGUUUCACCUCCCAAGCUUAUUGGCUGUGCAUCCCAGAGCAUCUCAUUAGCACAGUGCCUAUAAACAACAGUGUAUGCUGGCUCAACUUACGUUGUGCUAAAAUCUGGUUGUUGACCAAGAAGUUUGGACUUACACUUGUUGGAGGUGUUUUGUGCACAGGCCCUGUGAUAUGAAGCACUCUUGUAUGAAAAUAUAGCAGGCCUGGGGAUGAGAUGGACAACCAUGAUCUCACUACCAUAGGAUGCAUCACAGUAAGCUGGUUGUUCUGCAUGAAUGCUUGUGGUGAAUGAGCAAGACAUGAUCCUGUGUUGCCCAAAGCUGCACUGUGGGACUGCAUUUUUACUUCAGGUCAUUCCAUCUCUACUGUUAGGUGUAGCAAGGUGUGCUUGGGUUUGUUUUUUAAGGAAGCCAGACAUUUACAGUUGCUUCUCUUUGGUUCGGCGUGCACCCUGCCUGAAAUACCUGAUAAUGUGAAUUAACAGCAUGCAAGUGUCAGUUUGAUUCAGGUCUUUUCCUGUAAAAUGUUUCUGGUGGCUGUUCUGACUUCCUCAUCCUAGCAGCCAGAGCUUCUUUACCAUUCAAAACCAAUUAGAGGAUUCAGCUGGAGCCCUUAACACUCCCAUGCUUGGAGUUUUUAGAUGCUGCUGCUUUUGAGACCUUUGCUUAUCAUGUUGGAGGUGAAAUUUCAUAGUCAACAGAGCAGAGUGUGAGGACAAAGUUUUUGUGUAGAAUGAUGAUGAUUAGUUUGCUGCAUUUAAAAGUAGCAGAGAACCUUGGACAGGCAUUCCUAUGAUUUAAUUGCUAAGGUCCUGAAUUUGAUGAAAGAAGAAAUCUCAGAACAUUUCUAUCUAGAACAUCCUUUCAAUCCCCCCCUCCCCGGUUUAAAAAUACCUAAACAAGUUAUAUUGAUUCUGGAGAUGAUUUGUGAAAUGCUGAUCUACAUGAAUUUUUAAAAAAAUAUAAGGCACAAAAGCAUAACCAAACUGCAUUUUAUAGUCUUUUGGGAACAAAACACUUGUUUGUUUUUAGUGAAUAGUACUGCAGUACAACACACAAUCAUUUUUGGUACGUACACUGUUUCUGGAUGACCUGGUAGAAGCACAUUCUGAACAGAGUUUGACUUAUAUUUGGCUCUAAAUUAGGAAAUAUGAGCUUCAGUAAUAAAACCAUCUCUUACAUUAACUCUUUUUAGAAUAAGUAUUCUAACUUGUUAUUAAACACCAAUUUAGAAGUUGUUUCUGUGAAUCAUCUUUCCAGUUCUGUAUUGUCUUUAGGCCUUCCUUUCUAUUGUCAUGAAGGAAACCACCAACAGUUGGUACAGAUGGGGGAAAAAAUCCAUAAAGCUCCCUUUAUUCCUCUGCUGCACACAUGAGUAGGGACCUCCAAGACAGUAAUUAAUAUAUUCUGCCCUGAAGAUGUACAUUUAUUGAUCAAUGCUCAUCCUUAGUGACAUGCCUACCUUACUAAUGGAGCCUAGCUUCUCCAUAAUUCUAAAAUGGGUUCCAGGAAACUAAGGCCAGAUACAUAUGAAGAAACCAGUGCCACAGCUCUAUCUUGACUCACUGAAAUGUGUCAAGAUACUAAUAGGUUGUGUAGGCCUUGUGUCUUGAAUUUUACUGUAUGCCAUAUUUCAAAAAAUUAAAUAUUUAGUCUAUAAAGUAUAUUUUUGAUUGCUGUGACUUCCAUUUUAAUUGUGUUCUAUAACUUCUCUCGAAGUUAACAGAAUAAAUUGUGAUCUCUUAA